AUUGUAUUUUUUGUUUAGGAGUAGGACCUUCGUAGGGCAAAGCUUCUUCUCCCCUCAGUCUAUAUUUCCCCUUCUCUCUUACACAGUCGUCUUUCUCUCAAUCUCCAUCGUCUUCUCGGUCAAUCCACCUUCCAAUCUCCACCGUUAACAGCGAAAAGUUUCAAUCUUUGAGACAGAUUUCUCUUCUUCCUUCGAAACCCAAUUCAGAUUCACUCACACAACAAUGGAAGAACAACUUACCAGAAGUGAAAACUCAGCAGUACCACACUCAGUAACAGAGUCAGCUAAGAGAAGUUUGACCCACCUAGAAGCUGUUCAAACCCACUUCUUCGAUUUCUUAUCUCUUUCCUCAGACCCAGAUGUCCUUUCCCAAAUGCCUCCAUUGCAACGCGCCCACGCGCUGCUCUUGUUAGCAAAAACCAUCACAACCCUAUUCACUUUGAAAUUGAGGUGUAAUGGAGUUGACCCAGAUGAGCAUCAAGUCAAAUCAGAGGUUGAGAGGUUGUGUUUGUAUCAGAACAAAUUAGAAAAGUUUGUUGGGAUGAGUAAAGCCCCAAUUAGACCUUCAACAAGUUUGAAUUUUGAGGCUGCAACUCGUUUUAUUCAACAUUCUUUGCCUGAUCUUAGUCAAGAACAGAAGAGGAGUAUGAUAGCUAUUGGGAAAGAGAAGAAGAAGAAUAAGAAUAAGAGAAAGUUUGAAUCAAGUGAGAAGAGAUCUGUUAAGACUGCUGCUAAGGAGUUUUUAGAAAAAGCAGCUUUGGAGCUUCUUGGUAGUGAUAAUGAAGGCAAAAUCAAGGGGCCUUUGCAGUUGAAAAAGGGUUCUGAAGAUGAAGAUAAUUCAGAUUGAAUUAGUUUAUCUUUGGUAAAGUUUUGAUUUUUAUGAAAUUUUUUGUUAUGAUAUAUGAGUUUUUAGGAUAAGAGAACCUUUGUUUGAUUUUAUUGGUUUUGAUCUUUUCAUAGGUUAGGAUCUUGUAUUUAUUUGAAUAUUGGUUUGUGUUUAUUUGAUAUAAGAGAUUGUUUUGUUGAUACUGAGCCUUUUACUGUUUAAAUCUUAAUUUGGGCACUGUAAAUUGUGCUGAUUUUUCAAAAAAUAAGCAUAAUCUCUAGUAUAAUUACAUUUCAAAAAUAAGGAGUUUUUAGAAAGUAAAAAAAGAAGCUUUGGAGCUUCUUGGUAGUGAUAAUGAAGGCAAACUCAAGGGACAUUUGCAGUUGAAAAGGGGUUCUGAAGAUGAAGAUAAUUCAGAUUGAAUUAGUUUAUCUUUGGUAAAGUUUUGAUUUUUAUGAAUUUUUGUUGUUGUGAUAUUGUAUUUGAAUAUUGGUUAUUUGAUAUAAGAGAUUGUUUGUUGAUUUUA